AUGCAGAUCCUCAGCAUAUUUUACAGAAACCGCUCCUUGCUCAUCGCCGAUAGACAGAGACUAGCAUAUUUCAAUAGGUCUAGCCCCGAAGGGUGCCGCAUCCCGACAGCCAACACCUCGUCCCAUCCUGCUCCUCCGUUCUCGGUCAGUCCCGUCAAUCAGAACCUCAUCUUCUACAACUGCGCCAAGCCGCCGCCGCCAGGCGCGGGGCUCGUGGAGACGGUAUGCCACAAUAACACGUUUGUUCGUGCCGUCGAUGGGCGUCCCGACGAGUCAGCAGGCAGCUACUUUUUGGAGGACUGCAACGCUACCGUGGUACCGGUGCUCGGGGUAUCCGGCAAGGUGAACGCAACCAACUACGAGCAACUCGUCAGGGAUGGCUUCCUAGCGACAUGGCAGUGGCCACCACAGCUGCCGCCGCCAGGAGCAAAAAUGAAAACAAGUAUGGUAGUCGGAAUUGUCUGUGGAAUAGGAGGCGGCAGUCUAUUGGUAGCAUGCUUCUUUUUUGUCUGGCAUAAGCAAAAACUAAGGUUUUUCCUAUGCAAAAAGACCAGCAGCACCACAGAAGAGAACAUUGAGGCCCUAAUAUUAUUACAUGGGUCACUAACUCCAAAACGAUACAAGUACUCCGAAGUAACAAAGAUAACAUCUUCCCUUAAUAAUAAGCUUGGGGAAGGUGGUUAUGGCAUGGUUUUCAAAGGAAGGCUAGAUGAUGGUCGUCUAGUUGCAGUGAAGUUCCUGCAUGACUCCAAAGGUGACGGUGAGGAGUUUGUGAAUGAGGUUAUUAGUAUUGGCAGGACAUCUCACAUUAAUAUUGUUAGCUUAUUUGGGUUUUGUUUGGAAGGCUCAAAGAGGGCCCUCAUAUAUGAGUAUAUGCCAAAUGGUUCUUUGGAUAAGUAUAUAUACUCCGAGAAUCCCAAAGCAAUUUUAGGAUGGGAUAAGCUCUAUACCAUAGCAAUUGGGAUCGCUCGAGGGUUGGAAUACUUGCACCAUAGUUGUAAUACACGCAUAGUGCAUUUCGAUAUCAAGCCUCAAAAUAUCCUUCUGGAUCAGAACUUUCACCCAAAGAUUGCUGAUUUUGGUUUGGCCAAGUUGUGCCAUACCAAAGAGAGCAAACUUUCUAUGACCGGUGCUAGAGGAACACCUGGGUUUAUAGCUCCUGAAGUGCAUUCUCGAACCUUCGGAGUUGUUUCAGCAAAAUCAGAUGUUUAUAGUUAUGGAAUGAUGUUGCUAGAGAUGGUUGGAGGUAGAAAAAAUGUUAAAUCGAUGGCUCAAGAGUCAAGUGAAAUGUAUUUUCCACAUUGGAUUUAUGACCACUUUGGUCGAGACGAUGGAUUACAGGCAUGUGAAGUUACACGUGAAAACAAAGGAAUCGCUAGAAAAAUGAGUGUGAUUGGUCUGUGGUGCAUCCAAAUAUUACCAAUGCAUCGCCCUACCAUUGGAAUGGUCUUGGAAAUGUUUGAGAGAGGUUCAGAUGAACUAGACAUGCCACCAAGGCAAAACUUCAGUCAAAUAUUCGAAGAUCCAGCUUACAGUUUGAAUGCAAAAAGCACGAGCAUGAUUAGUGGUACCAAAACAAAUGUUUCUAGUGAAGUGCUAAAGAUGAAGGAGAUAAGCGUUGUAAAUUCAAAAAUCUUACAACGGUUACCAACUCUAUGA